AUGUGUCAAGAGUAGGCAUUAACUAUUAAUGGCUGUUUGUAGUAACUACAACAAAAUACAGUGAAGGCUAGAAAUCAAAUUGUGCUGUGUCGGAUGCUCUAAAUGUUCAUACAUGUUGUCAUAUCUUGAUGAUUUUUAUUUUAAUUCAAAUCUAAAUCACUACCAUGAACUAACCGCACCUGUGGCGUUUGGCUCCGGAGCGCGCAUGCGCCGGUUCCAGUGCGGUGACAUGAUUAUCUCUGUGCUGUCUUACGUGUUCUUCCCAUUAUCGCGGUACCUGAGCCGUCGGUUUUCAGCAGAUCAGGCUCAGAAAGAGCCGCUGUUCUCUGACGCUCACGUUGCAGAAGUCUCGCACGAGGGGCUCCGUGCUGCGGUGGUUGAUGGCACAGCAGCGUGGGAUGGUGGCCUCGCCCGGUCUCAGUCCACCCCGCUGGAUCAGUGCCUCCGCCCGCGCAGGGCAGCAGGAGACACGGAGGAAAGGAUGACAGAACCGAGCCCGGAGCGAGGAGGCAACAAGACGCCCGGCGCUGAUGAAGAGCGGCUGGCGUCCGCUCUGCAUGAGGAAGCAAACAGAGAGGCUGCUACUGGGACCAGUGAGGUCCAGGCUGCAGUCAUGGACGGAGAUCAGCAGCAGGAAGACAGGGAAUCUGCAGGACAAGAAGAUGGGACAGUCACAGUCCAUGAAGUGCUCCACAUGAAGCCAAGUCCAGCAGAUGGAACCGAUUGUCCAGCUGAGGGUCAAAGUUCAGAGCAAGCACUAACUCACCAGUUAAUGAGUCUGCACACAGAGGAUGAUGCAGACAACAUCAGUUCACCCCAGCAACACAUACAAAUACACGACACAGAGGAGUCGCUGGCUCCUCCAGUAGCCACAGCUGCAACGGAGGCCAGUGAGUGCUGGGAUGAAUAUGAAGUUCAGAUAGCUGGUGACUGGCGCGAUGGGGCGGGUGGUUCAGAGCCGCCACAGGCCUCCGUCUCCUCUGAUGCCCCGGUCCAGGUUAACCUGGAUGGGCCACAUGAUGCUCCAGCAGGCUGCUGCCUCCCCGCCCCGGCUCACGAAAUGCAGUGCUCACUGUGGCAGGUCCCUGCUGGGAGCUACUACCCUCCAGUGGAGCAGCUUUUCCCAUUUGAGAUAAUAUGGAGAGUGUGGGAGGAACUGGACAGUUGUUCUGCUGCAGCACAGUCGUUCACAAAGAACACAAUGAAUUUCACUGUCAUGUCCUACAACAUCCUGGCUCAGGACCUGCUAGAGGCCAACGAGGACCUGUACAGGCACAGCCCCUUGAGGGUGCUGGAGUGGAGCUCCCGCUGCACCCUGCUCGUAAAAGAAAUACAAAAAUGGGCCCCAGACAUCCUGUGUCUCCAAGAAGUUCAGGAGAACCACUACAAUGAGCAUCUGCAUCCAGUCUUUGCUCAGAUGGGCUACACCUGUGUCUACAAACGACGGACAGGGACCAAGACCGACGGCUGCGCCGUUUGCUAUCGUAGCAGCUGCUUCUGUGCGGUCUCGCUCGCCCAGCUGGAGUUCUUUAAGCCCGAGACAGAGCUGCUGGACCGGCACAAUGUGGGCAUCGUUCUGCUGCUGCAGCCAGUGGUCUCCCAGGGUUCCGCGGCCCAGGUGAAGGGCCCGGCCCUCUGCGUAGCCAACACCCACCUGCUGUUUAACCCCAGGAGGGGUGACGUGAAGCUGGCUCAGUUAGCUUUGAUGCUAGCGGAGAUAGACCGCGCGGUGAAGUCCUGUAAGGCCCGAGGCCAGCACUGUAAUGUUAUUUUGUGUGGCGAUUUUAACUCUGUGCCACACAUGCCUCUGUACCAGCUGAUCACCACCGGCCACCUCUACUACCACGGUCUGCCAACAUGGAUGAUAUCUGGUCAAGAGGACCUUUCAUACAAAACCCACUGUCACAGACUGUUUGCUCCCCUGUGGCCCAGCUCUCUAGGAAUCACUGACAACUGCCAGUACGCGUCUGUCAAUGACCUGUUUGAGAGCCAUCAUCAGGAAUCCGGGAAAUGUCGGUACAGCCAUGACUUUAUGCUGCAGCUGCGCUACUGUCCAGCUGCUUGUGUUCGUCCUGCGGACCUGAACCUGAUCCCAGGAGUGACUGACAACACACCAGAUGCCUCAAGUGGAAAUCAGCCUUAUGGUCAAAGGAGCAGUGGUGUUGUCACUCAUCGGUUAGACCUGGAGUCGGUCUAUCAGCACGUCCUUCCAGGCUCUGGAAGUUCAGAAGUCACAACGCUGAACUCUGGGGGCGGAGCCACCGUGGACUACAUCUUCUACUCCCCACAACGCGUCGUCUCCUCCGAGCCAGAAGCUGGUGGUGAGUUUGUGAGCAGAGGUUUGAAGCUGAGCGGCCGUCUCUCCCUCUUGUCAGAAGACGUCUUAUGGGGAAUGAACGGCCUUCCUAAUGACACAUUCCCCUCUGAUCAUCUCUGCCUUCUUGCCCAAUUCCAGUUGGACUUGGACACUGUGUGACACGUACGCCAGAGGCUAGUGCACAUUUCUUUACUUUCUACACAAACCUUGUUUUGUAUUUACAGUAUUACGAUUACUGGCAGUCUCUAAAGAGAAGUUAUCAUUUUUUGUUUAAGAGCCAGUUUAAACAGCGGAUGCCAGUAUCAGGUCUUUAUCCAAAUGGUUUUCAUCAGAUAAAUGAUGCAGAGCAGCGGCUGACUUCAUUGAUCUCACUGAUGAUGCUAUAAUAGUGGAUUUUAAAAAAAAUAUAUUUUUAUUUUUACAGGUGUGAGAAUAGCUUGACUUUGUUGUUGAAAAUGCCAAAAAAAAGACACAUUACCCAUUAAUUUAACUCCUUUGUGAUUUUUGAAUACACACAGCACAAAGCAAACCUCCGGGCUUGAAUAACAGUACACAAAUGAUUCCAGCACCGUAAGCUGUGGACUGAGCUGAAUGUUCCCACUCCACUGGGGAGCUCCGUUUGUCUGUGUGCAUGUUGGUGUGUGGGGUUGAUGGAUAAAUAAAUAAUUCAUGCAGAAAGUUGAGUGUUCAUGCAUGUAGGAGCUCAGUAGGGGAGCUCUGCAUUCGUUUUGGCUACAGGACGCCUGCGAAGGUGUUUCUCAUCAGCAGGAGCUCCUUCACCCGUUCUGUGUUAUAAUAUACUCAAGAUAAAAUCAGCACUUUAGUCUUUGUUUCCACUGUGGCAUCAAAUGCCUGCAAAUAAAUAUGUCAGUAAUUGUUUUCAGUCUCUCAAAGAAUGAUGGGAAGGUGUUUCACAUUAGAAAGGAGAGGAUAAGAAUGACUUUGUCUUUCCUGGUAUUUCUGCCUUUCACGACUCAUGACUUUAACGCAGUCGUCGCUCGUUCAGUCUCUUUCGUCUGUCGUUUCAGUGGUUCACUGCAGCAGACAUCGAAUCCUUUUAGCUGAUUACUGUGCUGCAGUAUCGAGUGCACAUUGGGAUGUAUAGAAACGGCAACCAAGUUGCCGCAGCGAUGA